CCAGGUGGCAUUGGGGUGAGAAGGGGUGUUUUUUUAGCGCACGUUAGAAAGGCAUGGUAAAUGAUUGACUAACGUGGGCCACCAACCUAGAAGACUGGAAUCAUCUUCUUCAAAUAUCCGGUUCUGUAGAAUCAAAAGAAUGUUUGAAUCUUCAUCUUCACGUUCAUAAUUAAAAACCAACAAUGCAUCACCGCAUACACACGCACACACACACAGGCCGUUGCCUGCCGUUGUUGUUACAUUCCUAUCAUCAGCAAAAAUAACUGCCUUAGUUUUGAAGCCAUAACCAAAAAAAAAAAAAAAAACCCUCUCACCUUCACCCACUAUUUUUCUUUCUCUAUCAAAACACCAACUUCUUCCUUUAACCUUUGUUUCGAAGAAAAGAGAUUUUAAUUUUUGAAUGAUUGAAUAAUGAUAACACUAGGAGCGAUCCAAUUGGGAGUGAUGGCGGCGUGCGUGGUGUUGUUGGUGCCCAUGGGAAUGGCGGGGUGGCAUCUCAGCCGCAACAAGAUGCUUUUCUUCAGUGGGGCCCUCUUCAUCACCCUCGCCGUUGGGGUCCACCUCACCCCUUACUUCCCUUCCAUCUCCGACUUCGCCUCUUCCUUCGUCGUCUUCGACUUCCACCGCCACUCCUGCCUCUCCCUCCUCCACGAAGUCGUCUGGGAGGACCCCAUCAACUCUUCUUCUGCUACUUCAGAUGGGCCUUGGCGGUGGUCCUCCUCGAGAAAUGUUGUGUCUUGUGACUUCCGGCGACUCUCUCCGCCGGACACCUCCGAUUUGCUCAACGGCUCGUGGGUCGUCGUCGCCGGCGACUCCCAAGCUCGAUACGUCGCUCUCGGAUUGCUUCAGUUGGUCUUGGGCCAAGAUUCUGACCGCAUCCCAUCUGUCAAAUCCGAUUUGUUCAAGCGCCACUCCGAUUACCAAAUCGUUCUUGACCCGAUUGGGUUCAAAUUGGAUUUCAUUUGGGCUCCUUACGUUUCCAAUUUGACCCAUUUGCUUCACGGUUUCCAGCGUAAUCGGACUUACCCUGAUGUUUUGGUCAUGGGUUCUGGCCUGUGGCACAUGCUUCACUUCACCAAUGCGUCGGAUUACACUCUUCAUUUACACUCGUUGAGGAAUUCUGUGGUUUCCUUGUUGCCCAUUUCGCCCGAGUUAGGCAAUGAAGGACCUGUAACUGGGUCGGUGUCGGUUAGAUCGCCCCAUUUGUUCUGGAUUGGGAUGCCAACGUUGAUAAACUCGUUGCUGAAUACGGAGGAGAAGAGGGAGAAGAUGACUGAUGCAAUGCGGGUUGCUUACGAAGAAGCUUUGCGUCGAAGCAAGGUGUUGAGGCAAUCCGGUGGCCCACUUUUGUUGCUGGAUAUGGAGUCUUUGACAUGGAAUUGUGGUGUCAAAUGUACAGAGGAUGGGAUGCAUUAUGAUGGGGCUGUUUAUGAAGCUGCAGUUCAUAUCAUGCUUAAUGCAUUGCUCAUUGAAUCUGAUCAGACGCUUUGAUUCCAAGUACAUACAUGAACAUGAUUGUGAUCAUCAUCAACACGUGCAAAGAUUUUCGUCUUGUGCGAGGAGGUUGAAUUCUUGCCUCUAAUCUUGCUUCUUUGGUUUAUUUUUUUGUCUUCUGAUUAAAGUAGGAGCAGAGUUUGAUUCUUUUUCACCAUAGGAAACACAUAUUGAGAUUCAUUGUUUCUUGUUCUUUUUCAAUAUUGGAUACUCAUAGCACUUGUAUUCUAUAUAGUCAGCGAAUUGGGUACUCUCACUUGCAAUUUUGAUUUGAAUUGAAUUCAAAGUUUUUGUA